AUGAUACUACCAAACUUUGCUUGUAUUUUUGAUAUCGACGGUGUAAUCACCAAAGGUCCGAAUUUCAUCGCGACAGCUAAACCAGCUAUUCAUACUUUAAUGCAGAUGAAAAUACCUGUUGUCUUUUUGUCUAACACUUGUGUACUUGAAUCAGACAAAGCUAAACAAUUAUCAUCCAUGCUUGGCAUUACUAUCAAUCCGGAACAAGUUGUUUUAGCUCAAACACCAAUGCGCACUUUAACAGAAUAUCAUAACAAACAUGUUCUCAUAUCUGGACAAGGUCCUAUCGAAGAGAUUGGUCGAAUGCUUGGCUUCAAAAGUAUCACAACGAUUAAAGAGGUUUGUGAUGCAUUUCCAGAAUUGGAUAUGGUUAACCAUAUGAAUCGAGCGAAAUUAAAUGAAGUCAUGCAAAGCAAAGGACUUGUUCGUGAUGAAAAUUUUCGCCCAAUUGAUGCUAUUGUUUUACUUGGUGAACCAAUCAAUUGGGAGAGCUCUUUACAAGUCAUUACCGAUCUUCUCCUAACAGAUGGAAAUCCAGCUAGUGUUCCAGAUGACGCAGGACAUGAUCGAGAUCAUAUACCAGUUAUUGCAUGUAAUCGAGAUCUCAUUUUCAAAGCUGCUGCUGAUUUGCCGCGCUUCGGACACGGAGCUUUUCUCACAUGCUUAGAAGCAUUGUACAAAAAUCUUAGUGGAAGAGAACUGAAAUACACGGCAUUUGUUGGUAAACCAUUUGAAAUCUCGUUUCAAUAUGCUGAAAUGAUUGCUAAUAAAUUAGCAUUGGCAAAUGAACAGUCGACAAUUGAUCACAUCUAUUUUUUUGGUGACAAUCCCGACGUUGAUAUCGUUGGCGCCAACAUGUACAAUUGUUUAUUACAACAAGAUAGCAAUAAUAGAAAGAGUAUUAGUGGAUAUGAUCUGAUGCGAGAUACGAAUUAUUUCAGCGCAAGAGCAUGUGAAUCAAUUUUGGUUUGUACUGGAGUGUACGAUCCAAGUAAACAACCACACCCCGAAACAGAACCGUGGAAAAUGCCAACAACCAUUCAAACAGAUGUUCUCGAAGGUGUCAAAUACGUUCUCGCCAAAGAACAACGAUUAUCAGAGUAG